AAAUCUCCAUCAUUUUUUUUUCUUUUCUCUCUAUCAAUUUUUUAUUACUUUAUUUUCAAAACAACUUAUUUUAUCCUUCAUCAUCGCCAUCAUAUAUAUUUUUUUGUAACAAGGAAGGUAUUAGUCAUUAUGAUUGCAGAGAAAAGGUUUUCAAAUACUACAAAAUAUGUAAAUUUUAAAGUUAGAGUUGCGACACUUAAGUAAACAAAUAUAUAAGGAGAUUGGAUGAAAGAUAAGACCAAUCCUCACAUUAUAAAAGCAUUAAAUUAAAUUCAACGGAAUUUAUAUUUGAAAAGCAUUAAGUAGAUUUUGACCCCAUAAUGCAAAAAGUAACGUCAUAAUGCCUUAUAAGAUUUGGAAAUCAAAUUUGGUUAAUUGCACAUUAAUGUUGGCAAAUCACUAUCCCUAUAAAUACCACACUGAAGAAAGCUCAUGUACAAUAUACAAUCUUUUUAUAGAUCAAGAACAUACUAAAAAGCUAGGAAUUUAUCAAAGAACAAUGGCCAAUCUUUCUUUCACCCAUUUCCUCAUCCUUUUCCUCAUUCUAUCAGCUGCAUCAAUGGUGCCUGAAGCAAAUGCACAAAAGAGGUGUCAAGAAGAGCUAUAUAAAACUGGGUGUACGCUUGAAGAUUGUAAAAAGAAGUGUUAUGACAGGCACCAUGAUCUUGGAGGAACAUGCAUUCAGAAUGCCGCUAUGACUGCCUAUGCUUGCUAUUGCUUUUGGAAUUCUGCAUUAACGGUGCCUGAAGCAAAUGCACAAAAGAGGUGUCAAGAAGAGCUAUAUAAAACUGGGUGUACCUUGAAGAUUGCAAAAAGAAGUGCUAUGACAGACACCAUGAUCUUGGAGGAACAUGCAUUUAGAAUGCCGCCAUGA